AAAAAGUUGCAUUUUGUGAGUCCGGCGCGUAGAAAAUCAGUGCUGGCGCCAAUUUUGAGUAAAAUAAAGAAUGGUACCGAUGCAUUGGAUGCUGAGAAAAAGGGUAACGGUGGUAUUGGCGGUCUCGGUGGUACAGGUGGCGGCGGUAGUGGUGCCAAUAACGGGAUUGGCGGCCUUUUGAGCAGUGGCAACAGUGAUAACAGUCAUGUGACCAUACCAAUUGAACCGGCUAAAAAGGUCAAGCGUCAUAGCAUACACGGCAUGAUGGAGGAGGAGAACAUUGUGCGGCCACAUCAGGAGAUCCGUCAGUUAACCUUGGAGGAAAAGAAGUUUCUGCUGGCGGUGGAGCGCGGCGACAUGGCAGGAACACGAAGGAUGCUACAAAAAGCGCAGGAUACCGACUACAUCAAUGUAAAUUGUGUCGAUCCUUUGGGACGCACUGCCCUACUCAUGGCUAUCGACAAUGAGAAUUUGGAAAUGGUCGAAUUGCUCAUCAGCUAUAAUGUUGAUACGAAGGAUGCGCUUUUGCACUCAAUUUCAGAGGAGUUUGUGGAGGCCGUGGAGGUGCUUUUAGAUCAUGAGAAUGUCAGCUUUCACACGGAGGGCAAUCAUAGCUGGGAAUCGCAAUCGGAGGAUACUUCAACAUUUACACCCGAUAUAACGCCACUUAUUUUGGCCGCACAUCGUGAUAACUAUGAGAUAAUCAAAAUUUUACUAGAUCGUGGAGCUGUACUGCCAAUGCCGCAUGAUGUAAGAUGCGGCUGCGACGAAUGUGUUCAAUCACGCCAAGAAGAUUCACUGCGACACUCACGUUCGCGCAUUAACGCUUAUCGUUCGCUGGCCAGUCCUAGUCUCAUAGCAUUGUCAUCGAAGGAUCCUAUUUUAACUGCAUUUGAAUUGUCAUGGGAAUUGAGACGUUUAAGUUUCCUCGAACAUGAAUUUAAGAAUGAAUAUCAGGAAUUGCGUAAACAAUGCCAAGACUUUGCCACCGCUUUGCUCGAUCACACACGCACCUCACACGAAUUGGAAAUUCUACUAAAUCAUGAUCCCACCGGACCAAUCUAUGAACAUGGCGAGCGUAUGCAUUUAAACCGCUUGAAAUUGGCUAUCAAAUUGCGACAGAAAAAGUUUGUGGCACACUCCAAUGUGCAACAGCUCUUGGCGAGCAUUUGGUAUGAGGGUCUGCCAGGAUUUCGACGCAAGAAUAUGGCACUGCAGGCAUUGGAUAUCAUUAGAAUCGGUAUAAUGUUUCCGAUUUUCUCAUUGGCUUACAUCUUGGCACCAUAUUCCAGUAUUGGACAGACAAUGCGCAAACCAUUCAUAAAAUUCAUAUGCCAUAGUGCCUCCUACUUUACAUUUCUAUUUCUGCUGAUGCUCGCUUCACAGCGCAUUGAGACUUUCAUUGGUGGCUGGUUUUGGAGCGACUCGCAAAACAUAAUCGCCGAGGUGGAAGAAGUACCCACCAAACGUGGCGCAAAACCGACUUUUAUCGAGUGGCUGAUACUGGCAUGGGUUUCCGGGCUCAUUUGGAGCGAAGUGAAGCAGCUGUGGGAUGUUGGCCUACAAGAAUAUCUCAACGAUAUGUGGAAUGUUAUCGAUUUUGUAACGAAUUCACUUUAUGUAGCCACAGUGGCUUUGCGCGUAGUGUCUUUCUUUCAGGUGCAAAAAGAAAUGAUCAUUAAUCCGAAUGCCACCGAUUUGCCGCGUGAGCGUUGGGACACCUGGGAUCCAAUGCUCAUCUCGGAAGGCCUCUUUAGUGCGGCAAACAUUUUCAGUAGCCUCAAAUUGGUAUACAUCUUUUCGGUGAAUCCACAUUUGGGACCACUGCAAGUGUCCCUGUCGCGUAUGGUUAUGGAUAUCAUGAAGUUUUUCUUUUUGUACGUGCUCGUUUUAUUCGCCUUUGGCAGUGGCUUAAAUCAGCUGUUGUGGUAUUAUGCUGAUUUAGAAAAGAAACGUUGUCCGGAAGUUUCGCCCUCAAAUGUGCUCAUCACCAUGAACGGCACCACGGAUGCAAACGCUUGCAUUGUUUGGCGUCGAUUUUCAAAUCUUUUCGAGACCACUCAAACCCUCUUUUGGGCCGUUUUUGGUUUAAUCGAUUUGGAUAGCUUCGAGUUGGAUGGUAUUAAGAUUUUCACGCGCUUUUGGGGAAUGCUGAUGUUCGGCACAUAUUCGGUUAUAAACAUAGUUGUGUUGCUGAAUUUGCUCAUCGCAAUGAUGAAUCAUUCGUAUCAACUAAUCUCGGAACGCGCUGAUGUCGAAUGGAAAUUUGCGCGUUCUAAAUUAUGGAUAAGUUAUUUCGAGGAAGGUGGCACCUGUCCACCACCAUUUAAUAUUAUACCGACACCGAAAUCCAUAUGGUAUGUGUUCAAGUGGGCGCGUAGGGUGUUCUGCAGUGGAUCGUCAGCGGCCAGACGCGAGCAUCUAAAGACAAUAAGACGCAAAGCUCAACAGGCAAGUGAUCGCGAUUUCAAAUAUCAGCAAAUAAUGCGUAACUUGGUGCGUCGUUAUGUAACUGUCGAGCAACGCAAAGCCGAGUCGCAGGGUGUCACCGAAGAUGAUGUGAACGAAAUCAAGCAGGAUAUCUCUGCAUUCCGUUGUGAACUUGUGGAGAUUUUGAAGAAUAGCGGCAUGGAUACAAAUGUGACAGCAGGACAAGGCGGUGGUGGCGGCAAGAAAAAUCGGCAGAAGGAGCGACGGCUUAUGAAAGGUUUCAACAUUGCUCCACCCGGCUCGACGGGUUCGCUAGCGCCGGUUGCCGAGUUUUCCACCUCGUUAGAUAAUUUCGACUCACAACACGAAAUACUCAGCUCUACGCUGUCGAAUCUUUUCAAUUCAAAUUUUAUACAGAAGAAUCAUCAGAACGGUCAUACGAGUGGCAAGGAAUCACCAACAAAUGGUGCUACUCCGACAACAACAACCACAAUCCAAACAACAACAAAAUACAAUAAAUCAGCGCUGAAGCCGCACAACAAACGCAUUGCCGGUCACAAAAAGCGCUGGGGCACACUAAUCGAGGCUGCUAAGGUGGGAAAUGUCUCUAAAAUGUUGGGACGUUCAAAAUCUGAAGAUUCGGUUUGCAAUUCUUCUGCCAACUCAUCGCCAGUUCAUGGUCAAGUGCAUGUCACAUACGCACAGAACUCCGCACAGCAUUAUAUAGCCAAUGGUGAACCGACAGCCGGCAAUCGUCACGCCAACCACCACACACCAACACACAAUCCACUACAUGCCGGUACAUUUAUGAAGGAACACAGCAGCAGCUUGAAUAGCGGUAGUGGUAACAGUGUCAGCAGCAGCGGGGGCGGCGCAUCACACUUCUUUCAUACAACAACCGGUCUAACUGCCAUAGCCGCUUUGAAAAAGAAACGCAAGAAAUUCUCAUCGAGCAAAAAUAUCUGCCCCGUCAACGAAUCCAUGUCCACUGCCAAUGGAGUAGAGGCGGCAUUGAACGACAAGUCGCUUAAACGUGUCUCCAGCUAUCCAGCAUCACAUACCGAUGGUGUCACGCCAGGUGGCAAAGAUGCCAUGAUCAUCGCCAAACCGCGUCGUCAUGAACAGACACAAAGUCAACAUGACUCUGUCGAAACGUCGACGGAAUUUACACUCUCCUCCAGUGAGGCACAUCAUUUGGAUCCAUCCAAUACAUCCGUCAAUUCACGCGAACCCCUAAUAAGUGGCAGUUAUGCAUCGACUAGUAUAAUGGGUUAAGCAUACAUACAUAUACGCUAAACCCCAUCAAAUAUAUUGUAUCCAUAACGGUACAUACUUAAGCAAAACGAAUUAUUAAACGAAAACAGUAUAGAAAUUGAUCUCAUACAUUUUUGGGAAAAUCAAAUACCCUCAUACAAGUAAUCAUAUACAUAUACUUAGGAGAAAUAACCCACAUAGCGGUUCUCAUCUAAUCAUUCAUACAUACACGCAUACAUAUAAAAUAUGGUUCAGCAUAUUCGCAUUUAUAACACUCCUCACAAAUGUACGCACAUUCAACUCGUUAAACAUAUCACAAUCAGCACUAAAUCACCAAACCGAAGCUCAAGCUAAAGCACAACAUCAAUCAAACAAAUGCAGCAAUCACAUAUUAGCUAGAGUAACUUCAAAUGGAUAACUAUAUUCAAACAUUUUCAUUAAAUAAGGUGAGCAUUGCAAUACUCGCUCGUAUAAAAUUAAUGAUUUAGUUAUUAUUAUGUCUACUCUUACGUUAGAACUCACUCUUGGUAGAUAAAACUUAAUUACAGAUUUUCAGCCAACCCUUAACGGGCACACCUAGUGUGAGAGAGAGAAAAAAAAUUAUGGUAUCCAUUAUUCUUAAGCGUAUUUAAAAAAAAACGAUUUUUUUCGCUUGGUACUUCGUAAAAUAGAUUUUUAGGCACCUCUAAUGAAGUCUCUCCAAGCAUGAAUAUUGUUGUAGAGCAUUAAAAAUCCUUCAAAACUAUGAGUUUUCCGAUUUAUAAUUAUUUUUUAUUGACUUAUAAAAUUAGAAAAAAUAGACAACUACAAGCAGGACCUUCCCGCAUACUUGGAGAGACUUUCUUAAAGGUGAACCUAUUUUUCAGGGUACCAAGCGAGAAAAAAUAUUCGUUUUGACCCACCCUAAUAUUUAUACAUAUUAAAAAAAAUGGUGGCUUUUCGAUCCGGAGACAGCCAUGUGCUUGGUUAAUUUUCAUAUGCUGGAAUCUAGUACUUGUUAUUAGAUGCCAUAUUUCGGGUCCCGACGAAGUCGAUCAGCCUCAACCUCAUGGCGGCUGAAUUUACCGUCCGUUGUGCCAAAGAUAUCUUCUUUGCCCACCCUGGUGUAAAGAUCGCCAAGCACGAUUUUGACAUCUCCGCUCCAAGUGCUCAUAGAAGGCAUCUUUGGUCACAUCGUCAUUCUCUUCCAUCGGGGCGUUGGCGCAAAUUAGCGAUUUGUUGAAUAACUUCGCAUUGAUGCGGAAUGUGACUAGACGGUCAUCCAUCUGGGUGAAUGCCAGGGCUCAGCGACGGAGUUUCUCUCCACCCACGAAUCCCACACCGAAUUAUUGCUCCAUUAUAUGUCCACUGUAGUAAAUGUCACAAGGACCUACUCGCCUCAGUCCUUGUCCCGUCAAGCCAGAUGCAUGCCCUUAAUUCGUAAUCCUUAAAGCGUUUGCCAUGGCCGUCAUCAAAAGAGGGGUUUUUCUUCCGACGUUGUUGUUUCACUUUCAUUUUGGACGUUUUUUACGGGACGGGUCCCAAACCCAGCGCACAACCCUGGCGAGGGAAGGUUCGGGUUCUUAUUUAUUUUAUUUUAGUGAUAUUGUGGAUUUUAUGUAGGUCGAAUGAUCUAUUAGAUUCGAUAGAUAGGUAAUAUGACCCAGAAGGAAACUCCAAGCCCACAACAAAUAUAUAUAAAUGAUCAGCGUAACGAGCUCAGUCGAUUUAUCCAUGUCCGUCUGUCCGCUGAGUCGA